AUGUCUGCAUUCCAUAAGUUCUUCGAUAUACAACCCGCGUCGAACAUUACCAACCCGGAACCAACAUAUCAAAAGAGCAAAAGCAAAGCACCUCAAACACUUGGUGAUGUAGGUGUAUUGCCGGAUGUUGAACUCACGGAUUUUGCUUCUCGCAACACAGACAAUGGUCGCCAGGCUUCAGUCUCGGAGUCUGAUAUGCCAAAGGGUGCGCAAACCCCCAAGACUCCCAAUGAGCUUGAGAUGAGUCGCCCGGCUACACCGACUCGAGAAGAUGCGGUUGGCAGGGAGAGGAUGUGGAACGCUGACCCCAUGACCAAAUGGAGGAUCUUGUGCUGCUGCAUGAUCUAUUUCUCAAAUGGAAUAAACGAUUCAGUUGUUGGCGCUUUGAUCCCAUACAUGGAGUCGUACUACCACAUCUCAUACUCGAUCAUGUCUCUGGUCUUUGUCGGCAAUGCCAUCGGUUUUAUCUCUGCUGCCUUUUUCACCAAUUCAAUUUUGGGAAAGUUCGGAAGAGCAAAGACGUUGAUAUUUGCAGAGUUGAUACAACUAUCUGCAUAUAUUAUCCUUGUGUGCACGCCUCCUUAUCCUCUCGUCAUCGUAUCCUUUUUCUUAUUAGGAUUUGGUGCCGCUAUCAACCUAGCGCUCAACAACGUGUACUGCGCGAAUACGCAUCCACCCAGUGUCAUUCUUGGCCUGGCGCAUGGUAGUUAUGGCGUCGGAGGAAUAAUAGCACCUAUCAUCGGGACAGCGAUUGUUUCGCAAGGAAUCCUGUGGUCACGCUUCUACUUCAUAUGCGUCGGGCUGCGACUUUGCUGCAUCGCCUUCGCCGCAUGGUCCUUCUGGUCAUACAGGGAAGACUCUGAGGAGACCCUCUUGGAAGCCACGACCAGCAGGCAAACUUCCGCAGAGAAUGCCGCGUCAAAGCUGAAGAACCUAAAGCUCGCCUUGAAGAACAAGGUGACCAUAUUCGGGGCACUGUUCAUUUUCGCAUACCAAGGAGCCGAAGUGAGCAUCUCAGGCUGGUUCAUCUCGUACCUCAUAAACUACCGUAAUGGAGACCCUGCGAAGGUUGGAUACGUCACAGCAGGCUUCUGGGCUGGAAUCACUCUUGGCCGUUUUGUACUCACUCAUGCUGCACCCAAAAUAGGCGAGAAGAAAUUCGUCGUCAUUCUCACAAUUGGAACAGUAGGCCUUCAGCUUCUGGCAUGGUUGACGCCGAACUUGAUUGGAAAUGCGGUCGCUGUAUGCUUGCUGGGUUUGUUGUUGGGCCCUGUCUACCCUUGUGCGCAGACCAUCUUUUCGCGUCUCAUGCCUCGUCAUGUUCAAACAACUGCAAUCGGCUUCAUAGGCGGUGCAGGAAGCUCAGGCGGUGCAGUCGCUCCAUUCACAACUGGUGUCCUCGCACAAGCCUCUGGUACUUGGGUGCUUCACCCUGUUGCAAUUGCGCUGCUAGCGUCGGGUGGCAUCGCAGCAUUGUCCCUUUUCGACAUACCCAUGAUGCAAUCACAACCGGCAUCUCGCUCUCUUCCCAUGAUACGCUGGCUUUUCUCACGGGGCUCUCACACCUUCCCAACCGCGGCAAUUACUUCAGCCUCCGGCUUCGUCUAUCUCGCUUACAGCGCCCUCCCCACUUCAUCUCUCAACUCCACAUCGUCAUUGCUCCAGCAUGCUGUGAAGGGAAAGCCAGGUCUCUACCUUGUAGCCGCAGUACUUUCCUUCAGCAUCGCACCAAUCACCAGUUUUAUGAUACCAACCAACUUUGCCCUUAUCAAGAAGAAUGAGGAACUGGGCGGGAGCCGAAGUGCAGCAUCUGCUGAGUAUCGAGAGAAAGCUGGAUUGAAGGGGCGAAGCGCUGAUGAAUCUGUCGAUAGCAAGGAUGACGUGAGUCAAUGGAAAGACUUGAGCGUACCACAAGAGAAGACCGAGAAGAACAGUAGCGAAGCGGAAGAUAAAGAAGUGAGCGAGCUGUUGGACAAGUUUGGUAAGCUAAAUAUGUUCCGGGCGCUGGCUAUUGGGUUGGGUGGUAUUGCGGGGUUGAUGGCUGCGUUGGCGUAG